AUGGCCUCGACUCCGGAGCAGCAGGCUCUGCUAGACGCCUUCCUACUGCCCAUCAACAUUGACAUCGACACGUGCCACAUUCUUUCCCAGCAAUUCCUCCAGAAUUUCACCCACCUGUCAGCCGAAUCUCUGGACCAGUUCUUGCCCACGCCGAUAUCAGAAUCCAUACUGCGCCCCGUCACAAGCCUCGGUCACGGACGACAUCUCGCUAUUGACAUCGGUGGAACUAACCUUCGAGUUGGUUUUGUAGAGUUUCUGGCGUCUGAACCCAAUGCCGAAGCAGUAAAUGGCAUCAAGAAGACGGAUGAUGCCGGCGGAGCGAAUGGCACCUGCCCAAAUGGCGUGGGCGGCCGCCAAUGCCCGUCCACAUCAGAGUCUUGCCCGAUCCGCCUGCAGCGACGACUCGAAAAGUCGUGGCCCAUAUCGCAUCAUCUGAAAAACAACAACGCAGAUGGCCUGUUUCUUUGGAUUGGAAAAUGCAUAGCCGAGGUCGUAGAGGAAGGAUGCAGAGCAUUCGACCUUGCUAAUGAUGUGUCGUUGUCGCUGGGGGUCACCUUCAGCUUUCCCGUGGAACAGCCGUCUCUGGAAAAAGCAAUAACAACAUCCAUGGGUAAAGGCUUCGCGAUCCCCGCCAACGUGGACCUGGGAGAACAGCUCCAGAAAGCCUAUGACCGGGAGAGAGGCGCCCGUCUUCCUCCUAUACGUGUCGCUGCCAUUGCCAACGAUUCCGUCUCGACUCUCGUCUCCUUCAUCUUCGACUACGACGGAGGCAAGGCGGCUCAUCAUCGCCGCGCGGCCAUGGGCUUAAUCCUGGGGACCGGCAGCAACGCCACCAUUCCCGUCAAACUGAGCCUGCUUCACCCAAGCAAGCGACCACGGAACGUCCAUGUUUUGCCUGGCGAGAGUGUCGACGACGCCAAGAUCGCGGUGAAUACGGAAUGGAGCAUAAAGGGGACGGCAGCACCGAUGAGGGAACUGGGCUUGAUCAACUCGUGGGACGAAGAAUUGAGCGAGCAAAACGAAAAGCCCGGCUUCCAGCCCCUAGAGUACAUGACGGCUGGUCGGUACCUUGGGGAGCUGGGACGCAUCAUGCUCGUCGACUACCUGGCUCGCGCGCUCAAGCUACCGCGAGCAGCACUGCCGGCAAGACUCUUCAAGCAAGACAGCAUGACAACGACAUUCCUAAGUCACUUCAAGCCGUCAGCACCGGCCGCUCUCUUGUCGAAGCUGAAGAAGGAGUUUCCGGACGCGUCGUGUCCCGCGUUCAGGUGGACCGAGCAUCACGCCGAAGCUUUGUAUCGCAUCGCCAAGGCAAUCGAGGUGCGAGCGGCGGCCAUAAUAGCGGCGGCGAUUGUGGCUCUUCUGACGCUAGGCGGAGAGCUGCCCUCGGAAGAGAGAAGAGCGCCAGCACCCGACGCAGACAUUCGCGAGCUGGGGGUGGGUUAUACAGGAGGCUGCAUCGUCCACUUCCAAGACUAUCUGGUGGACUGCCAAUAUUUUGUGGAUCGGCUGGUCUGCAGGAGGUUGGGAGCGGAUUCAAGACUGCGGGUGGCCCUGACCGCUUGCCACGACGGCGGCAUCACCGGCGCCGGCAUUUUAGUGGCAGCAGCGCUUUGCAGCCAAACGUCACACUCAUCGAGCGGGGAGGGGUGUGGCGGCGACGCGGCCAAUGUAGGGACCACCCAUGCUGUGUAA